UACAAGGGCCAAAGGGGACUUUUUUAUGUUGCUUUGCUCCGUUCUGAUUAGCACCUGGCAAUAGUUAUUAUGGCUGUUCAAGCGCAGUUGUAUCCUGAAAAUAUGAGUUUACCUUUACCUAUGGGCCUCCAGGAUUGGAUGGUAAACACUGCACCUGCUGUUCCUUCCUUUGAAGCUGAUUUUUGUUUCAGUCUUCAUGACCCUUCUCAACAAAUGGUUCCUUUUCAUCCGCAACAAUACGCUCAGAACUUGGCUUCUGCUGCUUCUUCUUCUUCUUCUUCCAAAUAUGAUGCUUUUCUCUCCGUUGCACUUUCUCAAUCUUUAGAUGCUCAACUGGAGAUGCAAAGGCAGGAACUUGAUUGCAUUCUCCAAUUGCAGAAUGAGAGGCUAAGGUCUGCUUUACGAGAGCAAAGGAAGCGACAAUUGGCCAUCCUGCUAAAGAGUAUGGAAUCAAAGGCCUUGUAUUUAAUGAGACGAAAAGACGAAGACUUGGCAAAAGCAACAAAGAAAACAAUGGAGCUCGAAGCCUCCCUGAGAAAAGCCGAAAUGGAGAUAGAGUCAUGGCAAAGGCUUUCGAAAGCAAAUGAAGCAACGGUUAUGGAUCUAAGCAACACAUUGGAACAGGUCAGAGAGAGCCUCGUCUGGGUCAGCAAUACAGCCGAAGAUGCAGAGUCCCUUUUCUAUGGCUCGUGUGACACAGAUCAACAAGGAGAAGUGAAAGACGAGAGCAAAAAGAUGGCUUGCAAACACUGCAACUCUCGGAGCUCGUGCGUUCUCUUUCUACCAUGCAGACACCUUUGCUCGUGCAAGUCUUGUGAUGCUUUUCUUGAUUCUUGUCCUGUCUGUAAAUCUGUAAAGGAAGCGAGCAUGAAGGUUUUUUGGGUCUAACAAGAAAGGCACAAAGCUAAGAAAGAAAGAGGUUUUUUUGGGGAAACACACUUGUCGAUGCA